CCUCGGGAGGGGGGGCCUCCCAGAAGCGCCUUCUUGGCAUUGACCAAUGGGGAAGUCACGUUCCUUUUGGUCCCGCCCCCUCCCGCUGUAGGAGCGCGCCAGCAGAGUACAGGAUCAACAUGGCCAACUUCAUGACCGAUAGCCAUCGUCAGUUCCUCCAGGUACUGAUGUCUAAUGGAAUAAUAGAUGCACCUGAGGCAAGGCGGGUACAUAGACUUUUCUGUGAGCAGCAUAAAGUGUACUAUGCCCAUGAAAAAUUGGAUGAAUUUGUUGGCGUUAUUAACACACACCUACAUCCAUUGUUUAUGGAAAUCAGGAAAGGACGCUCAGAAGAUAAUGGAAAGAUGUUUUAUGCUCUGGUGAAUCUUGCAAUAACAGAAGCUACCAAACUGGCAUCUGACUAUGCAGAAAAUGAAUUGGAAUUAUUUAAGAAAACUAUGGACUUGAUUGUCGAAUCAGAAAGUGGCUAUGUCUCCUCCACCAGUAUUUUAAACCUGUCUGACAAACUUCAGAGCAAAAAAAUGAAGAAGAAGGAAGUGGAACAAGUGCUCCAGAUGUUUGUUCAGGACAAGUGGCUUUCUGAAAAACAAGGAGACUACACAUUACACACUCGCUGCAUCAUGGAAUUGGAUCAGUACAUAUGUGAGAUGUAUCAGGAUGCCAAAAAGUGCAACAUCUGUCACAGCCUUGCCAUUCAGGGUCAGUCCUGUGAAAACUGUGGAAUUAAAAUGCAUUUACCUUGUGUUGCAAAAUAUUUCGAAUCUCAACCUGAACCACACUGUCCUCACUGUAAUGAAGUUUGGCCUCAUGAAACACGAGAUUUAGUUCAACCAGAUUCCCAGUUGCCAUCCAGUACCCCAAGAACAACUAGAAGAGUCUCACGUUCAGAAACCAAGUGAUGUUAAAUGAUCAGUACUGGGACAAGAUCUUCUGCACUGGAGUUAAAUAUUCAGAUAUGUGUAAAAGGAUAAAAUAUACCAAAUGGUCCUGUUUUGAACCAAUUAAUCCAUUUUUAAUAGCUUUAUAUUAAAUUAGCCCUGCUUAUUUGUAUUGACUUGCUAAUAAAUAAUCUAAGUAAAAUAACUAUAAUGAAGUAAUGAUUUUGGUAUUUUUCUUGGCCUGUGCCCUAGCACUGAUGAUAUUAGUAUUGUUUGGUAAUUAGUAAUAUAGUAAAAGAGAAAUUAGUUUUGUUUUUUAUAAUUCAAAUGUAAAUUUAAGGAUUAUCUUGUACAUUAGGGUUUAAAUAAAUUUUUGAAUUUAAUUGAGCUAAAA